UGCAUGGCUUACACUUUGGUAUUUGGUAUAUUAUUCAACACGGUCACUCUAGAAUUUUUGUUAUCGUAAAGCAAAACAUAAACAAUGUCGCUUGUGGCUGAUUAUAGCGAUUCAUCCGAUUCCGAGAGCACGAGUAGUGAAUCAAACAAGGCUGUCGGCUUAAGCCCUGUGCAGAAUCAAAUAAAGUUGCCUAGUGCAAGUGAUGCUUUAGACAAUGCAGCAGCCAAACGGACUGGAGUUGUAUUGAGUAAUCCCUUUUUGGAAGCAGAGCUGCACAAGACCGCCUCUCUAGAACGUCACGUAAAAAUGGUUAACAACGAUGCUCAUUUGCAGCUGAAAAAUGGUCGCAAAAUCUGUUGGAAUUACAGAAAGGGAAGAUGUCGUUUUGGCACAAACUGUCAGUACGCACACGACUCGGAUUUAUCUGUUGAAGAAGCUAAAACUGCUGUUACUAUAGUUACACCAAUUUCAAGUGGAAACAAAACGAAUGCCAGUAAACGCAAACGACCAGGUCUAAGUGAUGCUAUAGAACCUGGUAAAAAAGUCAUGAAAUCUUACCAGCAGCAGCACCAAAUGCAGGGCAGUGGAGUACGCCACCCGCCCAACUAGGCUUAAAUGA